CCCAACCUACAAUAUGAUUACUGCUCUACUUGUUUCACCACUGGUGUAACGUCGGACUCUGCUUUCACAGUAGAACCACAGGAGCAAAAAUCACAAGAAUUCGUCGUUGAAGGCUCAUUUCCUCUGCUGCUUGUACCCCAGUCUAUCAUAGCCCGGUCUAAUAUCAGCUAUUCGGUCCGGGUCCUGGGUCGCUCUCUUUUUAAGUUGCUACGAGGACACGGAGGCUGAAGUGACAUUUUGCUACGUUAACGUUAAUUCAUUCACCCACAACAACAACAAUGGCAGCGCAGGAUUUUAAUUUCUUGCUUGCGACGGAUUCCUACAAGAUCACACACUACAAACAGUAUCCACCUAACGUCAGCAAAAUCUACUCCUACUUCGAAUGCAGACGCAAGAAAGGUUCCCAGUUCAAUGAAGUGGUGUUCUUCGGUCUUCAGUACCUGCUGAAGAAGUACCUCACAGGGCCUGUGGUCACAGAGGAGAAGAUUCAGGAAGCCAAGCUCUUCUACCAGAUGCACUUCAAACAAGCUGUGUUCGAUGAGGAAAGCUGGAGGAAAGUUCUCGAGAAACAUGAUGGCCGUCUCCCUAUCCGGAUCAAAGCUGUCCCUGAGGGAAGGAUCAUACCGAGAGGAAACGUGCUCUUCACUGUGGAGAACACAGACCCCAACUUCUACUGGCUCACCAACUACAUUGAGACCAUGCUGGUUCAGAUGUGGUAUCCCAUCACGGUAGCCACAGUUUCCAGGGAGUUUAAGAAGAUCCUGGCCAAGCACCUGAAGGCCACGUCAGGGAGCUUGGAAGGCCUGGACCUGAAACUGCACGACUUUGGCUACAGAGGAGUCUCCUCACAGGAGUCUGCAGCAUUAGGUGGAGCAGCUCACCUGGUUAAUUUCUGCAGUACAGACACAGUGGCUGGGCUGCUGAUGGCUCAGAGGUAUUAUGGCUGCCCAAUGGCUGGCUUCUCCAUCCCAGCAGCAGAGCACAGCACCAUCAUCUCCUGGGGGAGGAGCAGGGAGAAGGAGGCAUUUGAGCGAGUCCUGGACCAGUUCUCCUCUGGACCAGUCUCUGUGGUCAGCGACAGCUACGACAUCUUUAACGCCUGUAAACACAUCUGGGGAGACAAACUGAAGGAGCGAGUCAUGGAGCGCAGUCAGGACUCCUGUCUGGUCAUCAGGCCAGACUCUGGAGAUCCCGCAGAGACUCUUGUUGAGGUUAUCAAGAUUUUAGAAGAGUGUUUUGGCUGUUCUCUGAACUCGGUUGGAUACAAGGUGCUGCCAUCGUACCUGCGAAUCAUCCAAGGAGACGGCAUCGACCUCAGCUCAGUGGACGAGAUUCUCCAGAAGCUGAGUGAUGAAGGCUGGAGUGCUGAGAACGUCUUCUUCGGAUGUGGCAGCGCUUUACUUCAGAAACUCAACAGAGAUACACUCAGCUGUGCCUUCAAGUGCAGCUACGUGGAGACUAAUGGCAAGGGGAUGGAUGUGUACAAGCAGCCAGUGACUGACCCAUCCAAGAGGUCAAAGAGGGGACGGCUAUCACUGCGGAGAAACUCUGAUGGCUUCUUAGAGACAGUGGAAAGAGGAGCGGGAAAACCUGAGGAGGACCUGCUGGUGACUGUGUUUGAGAACGGCAGCCUGGUGCAGGACUACUCCCUGGAAGAGAUCAGGAAGAAUGCUAGGCUGCGCGACGACGAGCUGAAUCCAACCCUGCACAACCACGAACAGGAGCUGCUGCACAACCACAUCAUCAACGGGAUCCAUUAGCUGCUCCACAGCCUCUCGCCACCAUGCAAACGACACUUCAGUGUUUAACAGGCUGUACUGGAAUCAAGACUGCGGUGUUUCAGAAAGGCACCCUUCUAAGUAUAAACUGAACACGUUGAAUGGGAGUGAAAAGCAUUCACCACCAAGCACUACCACACCCCACCCCCACCACCCUGCCACUUCAUCCUGAGGAGCCCAUUGAUUAUAGGUAGAUUAGCUUCUUUCACUUUCUCUUGUAGCCAAACACUCACAGCACAUCCUCAGUGGCCAGACAGUCACUCUGCCCGGCAUGGCCGUGACCACAACUGAAGCUCAGGGUCAAAUACAAUAAGCUACAUUAGUUUUUCGUCUUUUAUUUUUUGAUUUAAAGACACUUCCUGAAUUUGCAGUUUGAAUUGAACUCUACAACAUAAUUGGGGAGCAUGUCUUUAGAGAUAUUUUCAUUGCUGAUGUGCAGUAUCUGAGAAAUUUCAGGCCAAAAAUGUCUUUAACUUCCAAAUAUUCCAAGCUUCCAUUAGAUUUCUUUUUCUAUUAGAGUAGAAAAAACUUUGAAGCAGCAUUUUAGACACAACAAUUUAUGAAUAAAUAGUUACAGUAUUGCUGAUUAUUGGAUUAGUGAUACAUCAUUAGCUGCUACACUGCUUGGUACAUAAUAUUUCAUUAUCAGCAGAGCAGUAUGUUGCUCCAGCCUUACCUGCUGCCAUUUAGUUAGUUUCCAGUCACAUAGAUUUAAUUUGCUUGCUUAAUGAAGAUUCAGCCUCUAACAAGCAUAGCAGACUUCAGAUAUGAAAGGGAAACACAAACCAUAUGCACAAUUUAAUCACAACCAGUGACCAGUAAUGAUAAAUAAAUAAAUCACUUUAUGUUGUGCUGCCACAGAAAAAAAAGCUAAAUCAGUGAAACUAAACCUGUUGUUACUGAUCCCACUGACCCACAAAGCACAGUCCGUGGAAUCCCAGAGUAGUCAAUAUUUAAUAAUUUAAAAAUUCAUUAAAUAAUCACCAAUAAUUAAACAAUAUAAAUAAAUGAAUAAUAAUUCAAUAAUAAAUGAUUAAUCAUAUGAAUAGCCUGCUUUGUAAAAUAAUUGAAGUAAUUAUUGAAACUCAAGUCACUUUUAUGAACUAUUAUUUCAUCAUUCAUUUUUGUAAUAACAUUUAUUUCAUUUUAUUUAAUAAUAGAUCUUUUCAUGACAGUGAUGCUGGGAACAGUCACUUCCUCAUGUAGCCCCUGCUUCUCUUCUGUUAGCGAGCUAAGCUGCAGCCAUCAAAUGUAGCUAGUAGCUAGGUCAACGAUAAUGUCAACGUUAUUAUGAAUCAACCAACAAGAGGUUUCUGCUGUGAAUAAGCAACACAGACACAGUGACUACAAGGCUGCUCGGGCCAAAGGAGCCACUGUUAGCGGUGAUAGCUAACACUGCUAACAGUGCUCCUGUUGGCUUGAGCAGCCACAUAUAUAAACGGAGAUGUUCAUUUCAGUGUCUUUAUACUGUAUUAAUUAACAGUAGUAGCUGGACAGCUGAUUCAGAGCACCUGGACAUUGUUGUUGCUCAUGCCAACAGGAAAUAACAGGCUAAUUCUGCCAGCUAUUGCUUAGCUUACUUGCUGUGAUUGGCUGAAAUGAGAGAGGGUGGUGACAACACCACUGUCAAGAAAAGUGUCAUGAAAAAAACAGAUUUCUAUAAAAAUAAAUGAACAAAUAACAUUUUAUAACAGUGAGCUAAGUUUUAAUGUUUUCUUGAAGGAUUUUCACAAAUUAUAGUUUCACAAUUUAUUCAUCUGUCUCUUAUGAUUGUUUAAUAUUGAUCACUUUGAAGCUCCAUAUAUUCCUUAAUUAUUAAGUCUUGUGAUCAGUUCUGCUGGAGUCCAGAUUGUGAGUUUAAAUCACUGCUUUCCAACCGUUGUGACCGUUUAAAGUGAAGCUGUGUUUCCAGAGGACUGUGGAGGUAUUUGACCUAAUUCACUUUCCAUAAAUCAAAGCAAAUAGUGACUUUGAAGUUUUCUCUUAACUGGAAUUGAUGGAGGUGUAGACACAUUCUUGUUUUCCUGUUUCCAUUUAAACACUUGAACUGCUAUAUUUGCUAAUGUCUUCUGUUUUGGUGAGAUACAAUAGGACAUAUAUGAUAGUAUUUGUUACGUAAUUAAGGAAUAUUAUAACAGUAACUGUUGAACUGAUUUGACAGACGUAUACUGAAAUGAAGUUGCAGUGAACAUGGCUCAUUCAGUCAUCAUCUGUAGUAGAGACAGCACACUGCUGUAUGUGCUGUGGAAAGACUGCUGCUAUAAUAACACACAGUGAAGGCACAUCACACUGCUCUCAUGUUCACACAGGACUGAUGCUUCCUCUGUCAUGUGUCAUUUCAACUUGUGUUUAAAGCUGGCGCUAUAAUUCAGUAUUAUUCUUCAGUCACGUGAUCAUAAUGGAGGUGUGAUGGUUCACGGCUCUCACACCUAAAUCCAUGUGAUCAAUAAAUGUAAAAUUAGAUUUUCUGAAGAUUCUCUGAACACAUAAGCAUUUCAAUUAAUUAGAUGAAUAUAAAGUAGUUUGAUCACAUGAUGUUUAAUGUUUUAGUUAUUAAAAUAACACAGUGUCUUCAUGUUGAGAUAAUGCAUUGUAUUGACUCAGAUCACAGAUAGCUGAUGUGAUGAUGCAGGAAAUGUGUCAUCAAGCAAAACCGCUCAGCUCAGACGGAUCAGGUCAAGGUGUUUAUUUCACAAUCGUUUGGUUUUCAAUCUACAAAGUGAUUUUUUUUUUUUUUUUUUUUUUAAUUUUCCAGCAUCAUUUGCUGUUUGAUACAGUUUCGAUUUUGACUAUUGAUUAUUUGUUUUUGCAAAUAAACCUUAUAAAAGAGGCCGGACAUUAAGCUGCCUCACCACAUGGUAAAGUAACUAAAACGUACUUGAUUGGUGAAAGUCUAAAUCCCUAGAUGGAGCAAUACAGAUAUUAGUAAAGAGACAGGGUAAGACAUUUAUUGACACUCAGGUUUGAUUGGCAAAUGAAAGUUGGGUUUUUUAUGAACAUUAAAGGAAAAAUAUGAAUAAAUAAAACCCAGAUAUUCUCCUAGAGAUAAAGUCCUUGAGGUUCUACCUGUUUAUGAUGUAGUUUUAGCACUCAGUCUAUUUAACCCUAACCCUAACCCUAGCCUUUCAACAAACCUCUACCUGGGGCAUUUAUUAUUAUUAUUAUUUCAAUCAAAAGGCACAGAUCGUUUUGCAGACCCAUAUAAACCCAUGUAAGCUGUGUUUCAGAGGAUUCACACUGUGGUAGAGCGUCAUGUAAACGUAUCAUCUGAUCACCUGCUUUAACCAACAUGAUAUAAAAUAUACUCAAUUAUGCAGCGGCUCCUUCCCUGUUUUGGGCAGGAAACGAUACAACAACCAGCUGGUUCGUCUGCCAUGUGAGGAGACGUUAGAUAACCGAACUUGUGUCACAACAGAUGCAAACGAGCUACAGAGGCGAAGACAAAUGAAAACACAAAUCUACUCAUCUUUGGGGGGGGCUAAGCUCAUUUUUAUUUUUUGAACAAAUAACAAAGCUACUGCCAUUUUUUCUGAUUAGGUCUUUUGAUGUAUUGAAUCUUCUUACUCUCCUUUCAUGCCCUUUUACUUUCUGUUGACAUGGUGGUGUUUUUUCAGUAAACUGUUCCACAGUAAUCAGUUCAGUUUCAGACUGCAGGCUCGUCUCAUUGAUGACUGGUCUGUACAGAUCAGUGGUGAAGUAAUGAUGCAGUUUGCCACCGACACUGCACAUGGUUUACCUCUUGUGUAGUACCAGCACUAAUCAUACAUGUAACUACACUUUGUAAAUAUCCUUUUGAAACUGAUUUGCUUUAAACUGAUCUGUAUCUUUUAAAUGUUCUUUAUCUUUGAUUUUGUUUGUGUUUUAAAAACUGACCUUUUCUAAGAUUAAAAGACCUUCAACAGCUUCAAA